CACACGCUUCUCCAAUUUGAGAAUUAGGCUUACCCCAGUCGAGAGGAAAAAAAUCGUCUACAAUUCCGAAUUGCAGACGAUUUCAACCCCAGUCGAGAAGGAAGAGCGCCCUUCUCUCUCUCUCUCUACCACUAGGCCAUCAAAUUCCUUCCUUGCAGGCAUUAUGGGUGUGAGAGUAGGGCUUCUGUUUCUCCUUGUACUGGGCAUCAGUUGGGCUUGUGUGGAUGCUAGGACCUUACUGGUCUCUGAUCUUUCAGUUCUGAAAAUAAGCUAUGAGGAGCCCAAAAGUGAGAUUCAAGCUUCCACAGUUGCCACAACAAAUGAAAGAGUCUGCACAUUGUGCGAACAGUACACGGCCCAGGCAUUAGAGUACCUUGGGGAAAACAAGACCCAGACACAGAUAAUCGAGGAACUUCAUCUUGCCUGUCAUAAAUUGCACUCCUUCAAGCAGCAGUGCAUUACAUUGGUGGAUUACUAUACGCCACUUUUCUUCAUGGAGCUUGACACAAUCCAACCUGAGGACUUCUGCUGGAAAAUGAAUCUUUGUGAGCAGGAGUUAAUUUCUCCUCAAGAACAGAAACAAGAUAGUUGUGCUCUGUGUCAUCAUGCUGUUGAGGAAAUUGUGGUUAAGUUGAAAGAUCCUGACACACAGUUAGAGAUAAUCGAGAUGCUUCUAAAGGGAUGUGAUGCUGUGGAGAACUAUGCGAAAGAGUGCAAAAAGCUGGUCUUUGAUUAUGGGCCUAUAAUGAUGGACAAUGCAGUGCAGUUCCUAGAAAUUACAGAUGUCUGCACUGUUCUCCAUGCAUGUAAAUCUUCGGCUACUAGGGUUGGACAAGCAUCUUCUGACGCUCAAAUAAGCAGACUUUUUGAAACUUAAAGCUGAAAGCAGAGAUUGGCCAGAAUGACAGGGGGAAUAUCUCUUACUGAGAAGAGGAAGCCAUAGCAUUUGCCAAUCACAGACGGUGAGUAUGCUUUCCUCCAAAAUAUUUAAUAUUAAAUCUAAAACAUGCCUGUAAGUUAUUGUAAAGUUUAGAUUUUCCAAAUGGAAGUCUUAUUUGUAAGUGUAGUUUGUGCCAGUAAGGUAGUUCAUUUGAUCUGUAAAUGCUUGUAGGAUCUGACAAUCAAGGGAUUGCCUUUUAUUGGAUGGUGUCAUAUAUAUAGAUCUAUUUUCCUUCUAUGUUA